CGACAGCUUAUAAAAACUUAUUUCUGGGUUCUUUGGCUUGUUAGCUGUACAUAUUGUCACACAGCAGCUUUUAGGCAUUAUUCUGUUUUUUGUUAUAAGCCAGAAAUGACAAGGAGGCAGCCUCUCGCAAUACAAAGUCAAUGGAGACGGUUGGAUUGUUUUCCCCCCCGGUGGUUUUCAAAUUUGCAUAUCGGCGCUCUGUCUCUAUUGUUGACUUUCGAAACUGUUUUCAAACAGACGGAGCGUAGCUAACUCCUCCCCCUCCCUUCCGUGCUUUCAUGAACGCGCCCAACCCCCACCCCCAAAUCCUUCAUGUCGUUUAUUGGCUGGAAUACUUUGUUUUGUUUUGUGAGCUAGGUUUGGCCAUUUGUUGAUAUUGCCGUUUGUGAAGCCUGGGCUGUCUACAAAGAUCGCGUUUUUUUACAGUCUCAUCAGCGGACAGGCAGCAAGCAGAUAGUGAGGAGAUGUUUCGGUUUUGAUGACGUUCAGUUUAGCUGUAUUGGCAACGUUUUAGCAGGUAUAAACAGAUAAAUCUACACAGCUGACAUUCAGUCAAAUCUUUGAGUCAAGGUUGAGAAGAUUCACCAGCAGGUAUCUUUAGUCAUGGACGUGGCAAACAUUAAGGCCCUGUAUGAGGAGCAGGGAUAUCUGUCAUCUCUUUCUGUCCUGAGUGCAGAGGAGCUCCAGAAGGCUCGAGACGCUUUUGCUGAGCUGGAGAGAAAACACGGUGAAGAAUACACCGCUUACAGCCUUCACAACAUUCAUAUGGAGUGUGAUUGGGUAAUGGCCCUCGCCAAGCACCCUAAGCUUCUAGAGGUGGUGACAGCAGCUUUGGGCCCGGACGUCCUCCUGCUCGACUCCAGAUUCAUCUGCAAAUAUCCAGUGACUAAAAAGCGACAGAAUAAUGCCAUCAUCAACCACUGUGACGGGAAAAAAGAAGCAGAUGCCAACGAGAAAGAUGGCAUGCCGUUUGUGGCCUGGCAUCAGGACAUGAAGUACUGGGGUUUUGAUGGAGGUCCAGUUUUGUCAGUCUGGCUUUCCCUGGACGAUUCACUCGAGGACAAUGGAGCCUUGCAGGUUAUUCCAGGAAGUCACCGUUCAGGUCUUCUGCCUCAUUACCAAUCAAAACGAGCCGGUAACAUGUUGAGUGUCAAUCAAGAAAUCUCAGAUUUCUUGCUGGUGGAGACAAAGAAAGCAGUCUUAUGUCCUCUGUUAGCUGGUCAGAUGUCUGUCCAUGAUGGACUUCUGGUUCAUGCCAGUGAUCAGAACACGUCCAACAGGAGGCGAUGUGGAUAUGUCAUCCGUUACGUUCCCACGUGUACUUAUCCAAUCCAGGAUCUUGAACGACCCAGGACUUUCCCUGCUACGGUGCUGGUCAGUGGUUUUGACAAAUACAAGCACUUCUCAAAGCAAAGCUUCAAUGUAUAAGGCUUGAAUUAAGGAUGACAGUAUAUUUAAGAUGGGUGCUUUGGGAAAAUGAUCAAAAUAAGCACUUAGAAUACACUAUACAUUAUUUUGGUGCUUUAACUAUUUCAUUAUUACAUGAACUAUUUCUUCACAAGCAGUACACUGUUGGUGCUUUUACCUGUACAUUGUAAUCGUGUAAUUUGGGAAAUAAGAAGUUAUUUAACCCUUAUAUUAUGUUCCGGGUCAAUUUGACCCGUUUUGAUUUUUCAGCUGUCGGAUAAACCAGUUAACCUGUGAUUUUAUUCUUGAAAUUUUCUGACUUUUUCCCAUUUAUGACCAUGAACAUGCAUGCAAAGUUUAGACAUGCUGAUAUUUUUUGAAGUGUUCCAAAAUAAUUUUGUAACGAUUUUGAGGUUCGCGGGUCAAUUUGACCCGCAUUUUGUUUUGCUCCAAAGCAACUGCAUAGACCUAAAUUAAAUAUAUAUUUUUAGUGUUUGUUGUUAUAUUGGUGUUUUACUAUCCUGAAAUGGGGGUAAAAAUGCUUCUCCUCACUAUUUUGAGUACUGAAAAAGACUUUUACAGACACAGAUGGUAAAAGUGAACUAUAAUUUCUAUUUACAAUGUAUAUGAAAUACUACUUAAGUUUCAGUUUUCUUCCAGAAAUUGUGUCACUUUUUCUCAUUUAGGGCCAUGAACAUGCAUGCAAAGUUAGGAUACACUGAUGUGUUUUGAAGUGUUUUUUUUUAGCACAAAUAAUGAUUUUUGGUACGAUUUUGAUGUUCGCGGGUCAAUUUGACCCAUAUUUGUUUGUUCCAAGGCAACUGUAUAGACACAAAAUAAAUACAUUUAUUGCAUA